AUGGCGGCUGACAGCGUUUCUUCCGAACAGUUAGAUAAGGAAAUUCAUCGUUUCGUAACACGCGAGCAGAUAGAAUAUCUCUACGCACACUUUCGGACGCAUAAUGGCCGCCUCAGCUCGCAGGAGUUACGCGAACUUUUGGGCCGCAUCAAACUACAGUACACCGAGGAGGAGUAUCGAACACUGUGGCUGCAAAUCAACACCGACCACGACGAGUACUGCCAAUGGGAUGAGUUUCUUAGCUACCUCAUUCUCGGCUUCCAGGAUGAUGACCCGUUGGGGGUGAAGCAAUCGAUUGAUCCGCCUAUCGCAGGAGAUCUGGCACUGAAGCUUCGCCGUCAGGUCUAUACCAUCGUGAAGGUGGACUUCUGUCCCAUGGUCUAUUACGACGGAAGUAUAAGCUGGUCACAAGGACACUGGAUCACCACGUCCCGGGAAGGUGUGAUAAAUUACUGGACGGAAGAUUGGAAACACACCAUGACGAUCAGAUCGGUGCCAUCGAAGUUAAAGCGCUGCAAGACGUGGGUACUCGACAGUACGCCCUUACCCGAUCUCAGCAUGCUGUGUGUAGCCAGUCUGGAGACUGAGCUUCGCUUCUACCACGUGGUGGCUGGUUCGUUCAGCCUGAAGCUGGUAGUAGAACGUCUCCCACAUUCCAUCAGUGCGUUGGCGUAUCGAUUUAACCGCAACGAACGCAGCCAGCUACUGACCGGUGACUAUACCGGACGUAUCCGCAUGUUUGUGUUCUACCCGGAGCGUAAGGUGACGACAUCUAGCGGUGGGUCGGCCAUGACAACCGUGAGCUUGGAUGAUGUUCUUCGGGGAAAAUAUCCUCCGCUGGAAUGUGUCGACUAUGGGCAGCUUCUGCCGGACAUAGUGCAAUCGGUGCAGUUUGUCGAUAGUUUGGCGUGCUUUAUAGCGGCCGCUGAAGAAAAUCCGCUCACGAGCGGUCGAGGUUCUGGCACGGGAGCAAAACGAAAACCGUGCUGCAGCAUGGUGAUACACUCGCUCGAACUUCCCGCCAUAAUGGUGAAGUUCUUCCACGUGCCACAUGGUGUAACGUGUUUCGCCUUCGAACCGGCCAACGAUUUGCUGGUUUCGGGUGGGCCAGAUGGCGAUCUGCGGCUGUGGGAUAUCAACCGACCGAAGAAACCGUUGGUGGCGUUGGUUGGCCACACGUCCAGCAUCACGUUUCUCUUCAUCCAGGAUGCGGGCGACAAGAUCUACAGUUUUGAUCAGAAAAAAAUCAUCAAGGUGUGGGACGUGCGCAACCGAACACUACUGCAAACGUUCAGCCAGUUUUCCACCGUCCUCGGUAAGGGUGUACCAGCGUGUGCGUUCUAUAACGCACGCGAACGAGAACUUACCGUGGCCGGUAACAAACUGUUCGUAACGAGUUGCUGUCCGGAGAUCGCACUCGAUCGUACUGAUGGCGAGAGCCACACCAAACCCGUCUCUGUGCUGUUGUACAACGCGCUGUACCGGCUCGUGAUCAGCUGCGGUUUCGAUAGCUUCAUCAUCGUGUGGGAUCAUCGCAUGAAUCGUAAGAUGAGCAUCAUCACGAAGGCUCACACGCAAACCCGCAACAGAGAGCUCGAUGCCGUCGAGAUCACUGCUGGGUGCUUCGAUGAGAAGCAGCAACUGCUGCUGACUGGCGCACGGGACGGAUCGAUGAAGAUCUGGAACAUCAGCGGACGUUUCUGCAUGCGCACGAUCCAGAUGGCUGAGGAUUGCGAGGUGACGGCCGUGUUCUGGCAAGCGAAUCGGAUCAUAGCGAUGGGCUGGAACCACCGAGUGGUCGAGUUUGCGGCGUUCUCGGAACACGACGAGUAUCCACGGGGUUUGCAGUGGCGUAAGCUGCACUCGGACGAUAUCCUGUGUGCGUCGGUCACUAUGACAUCACCAGCUGCCCUAGCGACCUGCAGUUAUGCGGGAGAACUCGUGUUCUGGAAGCUUGAAACGGGUCAACCAUAUCGCCGGUACGAUGCGACGAGUCCACUAUCCCACAUACCGGUGCUGUUCCACGGCAAUCUUGAGCCACAAGAGCGCAAAUUGCCAUUACGACAGUCUAUUUUUCGUGCCAGCGUAAAUCGACCCUGGCAGCGACGAUUGUCAGGUAUCACGAUGCCUUCGGGAUUGGAGCAGAUGCGCCGGUUGUCGUAUCAGGAUCUGAUGUUUCUUGCUUCCCGUCCCAUGGUGGUUGGUUUCGGCACGUUGCUUGGCUCGCUCAAUAACGGAAUGGUUCAGGUGUGGUCCCAUCACCCUGAGGGAGGUUUUAUGGGACAAUUCAGUGCGAUUCACAUGGCGGGCGAUAGAGUUAUCGCGAUGGCGUCCGAUAGGGCGAACAAAUUUCUGUUCACUGGCACAGCACUUGGAUACGUGAAGACGUGGUACAUAGAAGACUGCUGGAUUCCCGAUGCGAACAAAUUCCACGUGAACAAACCGGCCAUCAGGGUGCAGUUUCCGUUUCUCCUAAACGAUGUGGUGUUAGGCCGUGCUAAGCGAUCAGCUCGGGCUUACCCUAAACCAUGGCUCGUGAACUCCUACCAGGCACACCGGGCGUGUAUUACCGGACUUGCGUACCUGGACGAUGGUGAGCUGCUGUUGAGCUGUAGUAGCGAUCGGACGGUUCGCAUCUGGACACUUGGAGGUCGCUAUAUUGGGCUUCUCGGUAGUCCCGUUCACUGGGAGCCACUAGUUACUGACGUACCACCUCGUGUGGGCUAUCCUUUCCGGUUGCCUCCGGAUCUUCAGCGUGAGGUGAGUUUUACGACGGCGAAAGUGUUACGUGGUGGUCAGGAUUCACACCAUCUGCGGGCAACGAUUGGACCACGGCGCGUUGGUACCACGGGAGACAUCAUUAGCGCAUCGGAGCAGUCGAAAUAUCCUGCGUCAAUCGAAACGUACGGUGCAGCACUUGCGGAACCGAUUCUGAACGCGAGCGUAAUGAAACUACCGGCCGAGGAACCGAUGUUGCAGGCGUUUAAAAUCGACAAAACAUUCCCAUCGCUGCCACUGCACGGUCACAUGACGUGCUUUCCGGUGAAGCUGCCAAGGUGUACGCUCGAUAUUGAGCACAUUAUCGCAAAAACAAAACGCCUACGAUUUGCGAAAGAACCUGACCCCCCCAGCGAUGAAGUUAAUUACCCCCCCAGCGAUGAAAAAGCGCCUUAG